UCCCUCUUCCAUUAUCUUUCCCGUUUCGUGAACUUUCCAGGAAAAAGAAAGGGGGAUAGAAAAUAAAAAAUAUACAUAUCUCUGGAUGUUAUACACGCGCGCGCAUAAAAAAUAUCAAAAAACCCUACCGAAUCUUUUUCGAUAUUCCCACCAAAACGAAAGCAUCAUUGUCAUCUAGACCUGGUAAACCGAAGACAUUUUCUGCGAAUAUAAAAGGAGAUGUAAUUUCUCUUCUUCUUCGAUAUAAUGUCUCUUUCUUAUCUCAUUCUUUUAAUAUGCACUCCUUUUCCCCGUCAUGAUCAUUAGAAGGUCGGUCUCACGGUUUGCCCAGUCACACGAUUGAUUUAACUUUAGAAUUCGUCAAAUUUAGUGUUGGAUUUCGUCGAAGUUUCUGUUGUUGAUCGUUUUAUUUAUGUGCAUUUAUUAUGAAGAGAUUGAAGGAUGAGAAGAAAGGCUUUGGAUUAUUUGGUUCCUGUUGUGUUCUUUGACAGGAAUUAUUUUUGCAUGCUGAUUCAUGUCCUGUGAUGUUCUGCUUUUGGAAAUUCGUAUAUUCUUGCUUUCAAGGUGUUUGAUGAAAAAAAGGGUAUGUUUCCAUGGAGUACUUUAAAAUUUUCUCGGUGGUUGAGCUUUAACUUUCGAUUUCUUGUCCCGGAAAAGAUAAAAAAAGAUCAAUGUUUGUAUGGAAAUGAAGAAAGGACUUGCAGGUAUGGUUAGUGUGUAAUGUGGAGAGAGUUGAGUAGGAAGAAGAUAGAGAAUUUACUUUAAAUGGGAAACGCUUGUGUUCAUAUGGGAAGCAAUUGCGUUGGAUCAAGGGCCUCAAAAGAAGGAUUCUUCCACUCAAUCACACAUUCGUUAUGGUGGUCAACUCAUGGUGAUAAGGGAAUCAAAGAUGAAAGGGAGCCUGCUAAGACAGAUCCAGAAACCCAUCUAACACUCCAGCACACGCCUCCGGAGCAGAUGAAGAUAGUGGAAAUAGAUAUCAAACCAGCACAGCCUCCAAAAACCAUGGAAGAAGCUGAGCCUGAAUCAGCAAAGGAUGAGAGUAAACCAGAAGCAAAACAACAAGAUAAGCCAGAGACUGCACCACAACAACAAGCAAUACCAACAGAAGCGAUUAAAUCAACCAGUCCAGCACCUGCUGCAAAGCCUAAGAAGCCUCAUAAUGUUAGGAGGAUGUCAAGUGCAGGGCUGCAGGCAGAGUCCGUAUUACAAAGGAAAACGGGUCAUUUGAAGGAAUAUUAUAGCUUGGGGAGAAAAUUAGGAAAUGGGCAGUUUGGGACAACUUUCCUUUGCACGGAGAAAGGAACAGGCAAAGAGUAUGCUUGCAAAUCAAUUGCGAAAAGGAAAUUGUUGACGCAUGAAGAUGUUGAAGAUGUGAGAAGGGAAAUUCAGAUAAUGCAUCACUUGUCAGGCUACUCCAAUGUCAUUUCCAUAAAAGGAGCUUAUGAGGAUUCGGUGGCAGUUCAUGUUGUGAUGGAGUUGUGUGCAGGAGGUGAGCUGUUUGACAGGAUUUUUAAAAGGGGGCAUUACUCGGAAAGAAAGGCAGCUAAUUUAGCUAGGACUCUAGUUGGUGUAGUGGAAACCUGCCAUUCCUUGGGUGUCAUGCACCGGGAUCUUAAGCCUGAGAAUUUCCUUUUUAUCAAUGAGGAGGAGGACUCACCCCUUAAAGCAAUUGAUUUUGGAUUAUCAAUCUUCUUUAAACCCGGAGAUAUUUUCUCGGAUGUAGUUGGAAGCCCAUAUUAUGUUGCACCUGAAGUUCUGCGCAAGCGAUAUGGUCCAGAAGCAGAUGUUUGGAGUGUAGGAGUGAUCAUUUACAUUCUCUUAAGUGGUGUACCUCCAUUCUGGGGAGAGACCGAACAAGAAAUAUUUGAAGAGGUUUUGCAUGGUGACCUUGACUUCACAUCAGAUCCCUGGCCAAGCAUCUCCGAAAGUGCAAAAGAUUUAGUCAAGAGGAUGCUUGUUAGAGAUCCUAGAAAACGAUUAACUGCUCACGAAGUUUUAUGCCAUCCUUGGGUACAGGUUGACGGAGUGGCUCCUGAUAAGCCUCUUGAUUCUGCUGUCUUGAGUCGUUUGAAGCAGUUUUCUGCCAUGAACAAGCUCAAAAGGAUGGCUCUCAGAGUCAUUGCAGAGAGCCUUUCUGAAGAAGAAAUUGCCGGGUUAAAGGAAAUGUUCAAGAUGAUAGACACAGAUAAUAGUGGUCAAAUAACAUUUGAGGAACUGAAGGUUGGUCUAAAAAGGUUCGGGGCCAAUCUUCAUGAAUCCGAAAUUUAUGAUCUAAUGCAAGCCGCGGAUGUAGAUAACAGUGGCACGAUUGACUAUGGGGAAUUCAUAGCUGCAACUUUGCAUUUAAACAAAAUAGAGAGGGAAGAUCAUCUCUUUGCAGCCUUCUCAUACUUUGACAAAGACGGCAGUGGCUACAUCACUCAAGAUGAGCUUCAAAAAGCCUGUGAGGAGUUUGGCAUUGAGGAUUUUCGCUGGGAAGACAUGAUCCGAGAAAUUGAUCAGGAUAAUGACGGCCGGAUAGAUUACAACGAAUUCGUGGCAAUGAUGCAGAAAGGAAAUACUGAAUUGGGUAAGAGAGAUCAUCAUGGUAGAAGUUUUAGCAUUGGAUUUAGGGAGGCACUACCAGUUUGUUGAAAUUGGUUAGGAAUGAGAAAUUUUUCUACUUCUUCUUCUUCUUCUUCUUCUUCUGCUUCUUCUUCUUAUUCUGCUUCUUCUUCUUCUUCUUCUUCUUCUUCUUCUUCUUCUUCUUCUUCAUUUUUCUUGUUUCAUUAUAAUUUGGUCUUUGGUAGAUCACUGAUUUCAUACCAUUGUCAAAGUAUGAUCAGUACCAGUAAAUAAUAGAGAUGUAUGAUUCCUUAA